AUCUCUUUUCGUUAUCAUUUUCGCAGUAACAAAUAACAAUUCUGGGAACUGGGAAUUGACCACAUGCUGUGUUUGGGGAUAUUGUAGUGUGUAAUCAAUGGCGGACGGCCGGCGGUGUUCCAUAAAUUUAUCGCACUUUUAUCUUCCUCGUAAUUGUCUGGCCGACACGGUUUUGAUUGUUUGUCAAAAACUAUGAUAACUUUGUCGUCUGACCAACGACCCAACCGCCAUUUUAGUGUUGUGUUUCCACCUCCAUUAACCCAUUUUCUCCGGCGACUUGCGGCUUAACUGCUCCGGCAAAACCGUGCGAAUGGGGCUAAUGAUUCAUUCCUCCUCCUUCCUCCUCCCGACCGUUCCCGCCGCCGACAACCGCCCUGCUCCCACGUACGCGCUUGUCGUCCUCAACCAAAGCCUCCCUCGAUUCACUCAUUUGUUAUGGAAGCACGCACGGCUUCGUGUCUGCGCCGACGGGGGUGCAAAUAGAGUGUUCGAUGAAUUGCCGCAGUUGUUUCCUGAUGAAGAUGCCUCUGAUGUUCGUAAAAGGUACACACCUGAUGUCAUAAAAGGGGAUCUGGACUCGAUCCGAAGUGAAGUUCAAGAGUUUUAUACUGGCCUUGGAUCGAAGGUUGUUGAUGAAUCUCAUGAUCAGGACACCACUGAUAUGCAUAAAUGCAUUGCUUACAUUUGUGAUUUACCUGAACUGGAAACCCCGAAUUUAUGCAUUCUUGUUGUUGGAGCACUUGGUGGAAGGUUUGAUCAUGAGAUGGGAAACGUCAAUGCCCUCUGUCAUUUCACAACCACGCGAAUAAUUCUCCUGUCCGAUGAUUGCCUCAUCCAACUUCUUCCGAAAACCCAUCAUCACGAGAUCCAUAUUCACCCCUCUGUCGAAGGCCCACACUGCGGCCUCAUUCCCAUUGGAUCGCCUUCCGGGAGCACCACAACCACUGGGCUCGAGUGGAAUCUAGAUAAUACUGAAAUGAGGUUUGGAGGUUUAGUCAGCACAUCAAAUAUUGUCCAAGAAUCAGUGGUAACAGUGCAAUCUGACACUGAUCUUCUUUGGACUAUCUCUCUCAAAAAGGCAUGAGUUUUAGUAUAUAUACCACAGAAAUGGCAACAUCUUAUUAGUUUUUGCUGUAGAAAUUACCUUGGCUUGACUACUAGAGAUGCAACAUAUUUGUCACAGGUUUCUUGUCCUUUGACUAUCAAGAACAAACCCUAAGGACAAGAAACCUGUGACAAAUAUGUUGCAUCUCUAGUAGUCAAGCCAAGGUAAUUUCUACAGCAAAACUAAUAAGAUGUUGCCAUUUUUGUGGUAUAUAUUAGGGGUGAGCGUUUUGGGAUUCAAUUCGAUUUUUUCGGUUUCGGUAUUUCGAUAUUAAAAAUAAAAAUGAUAAAUCAUUCGGUAACAUUAUAGUUUGGUUCAGUUUCUUUUACUUUGAUUUGUAGUUUGGUUCGGUUUCUUUUACUUUGAUUUGUGGCAUACUAAAUACUACUGCAAAUCAGCGUAGUACAAGAAAGUACAAGAAAGAAAUUGUCUCCUGUAAUAAAUUAAUUGUUAUUAA